UUCCAAUCAGUCGGAAAAACUCCACUCAGCUCCUAACUUCCUAAGUCCUAACUCCUAACUACGGCAACUCCAGCUCGCCAAUUCACAGGUGGAAGAAAAUAAAAUUAUGCCGCGAUAUAAGGAUGAACCUCCUGCUGUUCGUGUAUAUACCGUUUUUGAUGAAUCAAAGAGUUAACCAUUUGCUAAAGGUACUUGAUUGUGAGGAAUGUUCCAGCACUGGGAUGUGGUGAUGAACUAAGACAACUGUUUGCAACUUAUGGAGACGUUGUUGAGUGUAAACCUAUGGAUGCGGAAGACUGAGGCUUUCACUGAUGUGUACUGGAUCAAAUUUCAACUGAUCAGCAAUGCCAGGUUUGCAAAAAGAAAAUUGGAUGAGUCUGUUUUCCUUGGAAAUCGACUGCAGGUGUCAUAUGCUACUGAGUAUGAGUCUCUGUCUGACACAAAAGAGAAGUUAGAAGGCAGGAGAAAGGAGGUUAUGUCACGAUUGAAGCCUGGAAGAUCCAGAGGUCACGAAAUGCAGAGUAAAGGUGUUAUAACUCGUCCCUUGUCACACGGAGCUCCAUCACAAGUUCCUCAGCAAUUGGACUUAAAGCCAGGAGGCCCAGGAUGGUACGCCAAAGAAACAGAUCAGUAUUCUGAAGUUAAACAUUCGUCAAUUACCAGGGUGUCCUCUGACCAGGAUUAUUUCCCAUCCCAGUCAAUGAAUGAAACGGUUAGAAGAGUGAGAGAGAAGCUAGAUAAGAUAGAAUCAAGUUCUUCAAACACGCAAUCUGGCCCGGCUUCAAAGAAAACUAGAGUAGAUAAUCGAAGAAGAAUAUGACUGCCCUCUUUCUACUACUCCUGCAGUUUGUCGUUUGUCGUUUUUCAACUUUGUUACUGAGUGAAAUGCUCCUGUAAAAUUAGAAACUUGGUGAAAGAGGCAAACGUUUGCUUGAAUGGAGACGUGGUGAAUAUAUUUGGCGGUGCAUUCUACAUGUUACAAUAACGAGUCAUUUUACUUCAUCUUUAAUCUUGAAUCUUUGUUUAUAAGUUCAU